AUGUCGAAAACAGGUUCUAUCAAUGUCGACACUGAGAAUGUAGAGCUCUCGGGUAAAGCUGGUGGUUCUGAGAAGCUUGAAAUUCACGAAAAGGUCUCAAAUGAAGUGUCCUCAGAAUUUACUCCAGAGGAAAUUGAGUUUUUAAAGAGAGAAGUUAAGUCUCAGAGAUGGUAUCAAUGGUUCUCCCCGAAUGACACUCGAGAAGAGAAAAUUCUCGUUGCUAAGCUUGAUUUGAUUGUUUGGUUAUACCUUUUCUUAUCAUAUUUCAUCAAAACUCUUGACUCCACGGCAAUUAGUUACUCAUAUGUUAGUGGAAUGCAGCAAGAUUUGAAGAUGUAUGGAAAUCAAUACACUUACCAAUCUUCGUGCUACAUGGCUGGGUUCAUUAUUGGUCAAAUCCCUUUAUCGAUCUUGGCUACAAAACUCCCUAUUAAUUUGUACCUUCCGAUUAUGGACUCUCUUUGGUCUCUCUUUACCUUGGCAAUGUUCAAAUUGACCAACUAUCAUCAACUAUAUGCCAUUAGAUUCUGUAUUGGGUUGUUAGGAUCCUUCUUUUUCCCAACAUCUCAGUACAUCUUAGGUUCGUGGUACACUAAGAGUGAAAUUACGAAGAGGCUGGCGCUCUUCUUCUGUGCAUCACAAAUUGGAUCAAUGUCUGGAGGAUAUAUGCAAGCAGCAGCCGUGACAUCCUUAUCAGGAAAGGGAGGAAUUGAUGGGUGGCAGUGGCUCUUCCUUCUUGCGUUCAUUAUUACCAUACCAAUUACUUUGUAUGGAAUAUUCACCUUACCUGGACUCCCAGGAAUUGAAAAUAAAACAGCUUUCAAGAUAUUGAGCCCAAGAGAGUACAGAUUAGCUGAGUUGAGAAUGAUCAGAGAAGGUCGAGCUGCAACUGCAAAAUUAGAUUGGAAGAUUAUAAAGGAGACGGUGUUUGGUUGGAAGUUUAUUGUUCUAGUGACGUUUGCAAUUUUCUUCAGUCAAGCCGAUGGGAUUUCCAGUUAUGCUGGUUUGCAACUUUGGUUGCAGGCUGAAGGUUAUUCAACUGCAAAGGUGAACACAAUUACAACUGUUCAACCUGCUGUUACUAUGGUUACUGCUAUCGUUAAUGGAAUUCUUGUAGAUACUUUCCAGGAUUCUCAUCCAUGGGUAAUUGCCGUGACUAAUUCUAUCAAUAUGAUAGCAGCUAUCAUCUUAACGGUUUGGAAUGGGGUUAGCAAACAAGGAAUAAUGGCGGCGUUCUUCCUCGCAGGUACUGCUGAUGGAAUUGCAGCUGUUUUGUACUCUUGGGCCAACAUUAUAUGCCUGGACAAUGCACAGAAAAGAGCUAUUACACUCUCUACAAUGAAUACGUUGGGAAACACCUUUGCUGUAUGGGUUCCGCUCUUUGUUUGGAAGACAGUGGAUGCUCCAAGAUACCUUAAAGGGUACGCUUACAAUAUAGCACUUUGUGGUGCAAUGUUUAUCUUUCUAGUACCACUUACAGUGCUUUGGAGAAGAGAACAAAAACGUUUGCUGAAAACGUCUAGAGAUAUAGAAUAA